AUUACUUUUUGCAUUUAAAUAGACUUUGUAAUUGGAUGUUUCCUAGCCUGUGCCUAUUUCACUGGUAGAUUCAUGGCGUUGUAUUUUCCAUUUUAUAAGUAACCUUUCCAUUUAGUAACCUUACUGCAGGUAGUUGUGUUUACUAGUUUAGUCUAGUGCUUGUUGUCGUCUCGAAAAGUAUGGAUAAUGCAGAAGAAAUUAUGCAUUCCCUUGAAGAAUUUAGUAAGUUAAAACCUAAAGAUAUUCCUCGAGAGCUUGAAGAUUAUUUAGGUUAUGUUGCGAAAACAGGAGACCCUGUUUUCAAAUGGUCUAUUAUAAAAUGUCUUUUUCGAGAGAAAUUAUUGAAUGUUAUUACAGAUUUUUAUGAAAGUACUCUGUCCAUAGAACUGCCUCCUUGUCCUAAUGUUGACCCCUUUAAUUAUGAAAGAAUGAAAGCUAAUCUGCUAGAAAAACUUGAUUCAUUUAAUGGUGCUCCUUUUACUGUUCAGAGGAUUUCCGAACUUCUAACAAAUCCAUGGAAGGAAUAUAAUAGGGCUGAUAAAUUCAUGAGAGCUAUUGAAAAAAAUAUUUUGGUUGUCAGUACUCGAGAACCUGGCAGAUAUGCUGACAAUGAAGUGGAUACACAACAAGAUUCUUCUUUUAAUGGAAUACCUGGACCAAAUGAUUCUGGAAUCGAAUCUUCAUUUACUUGUAAUGAUAUUGCAGAUCCUGAUUCUUCAUCACAUAACUUUGAUGUCACUCAAGAAUCUCGUACUACAUUAGUGACAGGUGCUACCUCAAAUAGUAUAACUUCAGUUCCAUUUAAGGAAAAUACUGGAGAUAGUGCUUGUUCUAAUGAGCUAGGUCUUAUCAGGAAUGAUGAAGUAAGUCAAGAAAUAAUAAUUGAAGAAAAAGACACGGAAACAGUAAUUUGUUCAACCAUUAAUGAACAGCCACCCGAAUCUGGAGAACCACAAAGUGAAAAUGCUUUACCACUAAGUGAAAACAAAGCAGCUGAUUUAUCCAUUGAUGCUAAAUGCGCAUUAGAAAUCUCAGGAGAAUCCAAUGUUUCCACUAAUGAAGUUGAUAAUGAAUCUAAAGAAGCCAGUGUCGAAGUUAGUGGGACAGAUGCUAUUGAUUCCUUGCAAUCAGGUGAAAACAUAUCAUUGACUGUCACUGAGAGUAAUAGCUCCUCUGAACAAACUGAAAUAGUAAGUAAUUCUCAAGAAAACAGUACAGAAGGUUCUGAAUCUAGUGUUUCAGAGGUAUUUGAAGAAUCCCGCCCUACUGAAUGUGAUACUAGUAAUUCUUUGGAUUCUGAAACCAGUAAUUCUUGUGAUUCGGAAUUGGAAGUUAAACAGCGAAUUGAUGAACCAGCUAGUUCUGAUGUCGACUGUAAAGUUGAAUCUUCUGGGGUUAAUGAAGUUGCAUCUUCAUCCAAUUAUUUAGUUAGUGAAACAACUACUACUGUAGAAAGUGGAGAAGCUUCUAAUCCUUCAACCUCAACGUCUUGUGAAUCAUCUGAAAUGGAUGUUGAAGAGUGCCAAAUAUCCCAUGUAGAUCAAUCUCAAAGUUGAAAAUGUUAUGUAAUUUAAUAGACUGUGCGCUUUAAAUCUUGUAUUAAUGUUUAUUAAAAUUUUUAUUAUUGACACUAUAAAAUUGUAUGAAAGUGUUGUUUUUUGAAAAGGCCUCUGUUACUUUGUUGUAAUUUUUACUUAGUAUAUUCAUCGAUCUUCUUUGCUUUCUAAAGAAGAUAAAAGUUUAUUGAUUAUUUAUGGUUGUGUCUUCUUUUAAUCACUAGUCUAUAAAUAAUCAGUAGAAGUUAUCAUAAGCAAAGAUGUGCUAGAAUACAUUAUGAAUUUUCUAAUAAUACCAUUAGAUGGGAACUAUUUAAUUUUUUUAUCAAACGACGUUCAUUCAUGCCUAUUUAUUUUGUGUAAUGAGGUUAGUGUUUUGUGAAAAUGUAUUCAGGGUUUUAUUUAUUGAUAGUAUUUAAGAAAUCUUGUGAUUUACUUCAGAAACAUUGAUAUUUUUGUAAAUAUAAAUUGAAUAAAUCCACUUAUUGUGUAGACUUUAAAAUAAAGUUAUAAUCCUACUGUCCUUUUUAUUUAAUGAACUUUUGGAUAAAUCAAUUUACCUUCAUUAUUUACAUAAUAGUUGUGUAACAUUACCAUAAUAAAGAUCUUUCAGUGUCAUUUGGAAGCACAAUCUUUUUG